AUGAAAUGCAUAAUCGUCCGCCUCUUCGACUUGAUCCUCUCCAAAGGCGACUUUGGAGUAGUAGGCGAGAGCGAAACCCCCUUGUCCUUGGGCGACACCGGCGACAACAAGCCCAAGCCCCCCUUAUCCUUAGUAGACACCGGAGACAACAGUCCCCGGAAACCCCUCUCCUUGGGAGAAGGAGCAGCAGCAACAGGCGAGACCGUCUCGGGCAGCACAGGCAACGGCUGCACCGCCACCCGUCCCUCGACAAUCUUCACCUUCCGAACCGGCGCCGUGGGAGGCGGCGGGAACGACGGCCUCUGGGCGAACGACCCCAGCGGCUUGACGAACUCCCUCUGGUGCUCCGAGUCGGAGUCCGAAGAGGAGUAA